CUCCACGUGGUUCUGCUCCGGGGUAAAAGCCCCGCAGAGACGCCGGCAGAGAGAGAGGACUCCCGGCUCUGCAACAUGUCUCUGUACCGUAACUCCGCCUGGUUCCUGAAGGGGCUGACCGAGUUCACCAGGAGCGCCUUCCUGUCGGCCUCCAAGGGCUUUGUGGAGAAGGACCUGGAGUUGUCUUUGGCGGGACGCUCCUUCAUGAUAACUGGAGCCAACAGCGGCAUAGGGAAAGCCACCGCCAUGGCCAUCGCUAAGAAAGGUGGAACGAUCCACAUGGUCUGCAGGAACAAGGACAAGGCCGAAGAGGCGAGGGCCGACAUCGUCAAAGAGACGGGAAAUAAAGAGGUGUUUGUCCACAUCCUGGACAUCUCUGAGACUAAGAAGGUGUGGGAGUUUGCCGAGAGCUUCAAGAGAAAGUACAAGACCCUCAAUGUGCUGAUAAAUAACGCAGGCGCCAUCAUGAGUGAGAGGGAAGUGAACACAGAGGGUCUGGAGAAAAGUUUCGCCACCAAUGUCCUCGGGGUUUACAUUCUCACCAAGAGCCUGAUUCCUCUGCUGGAGAAGAGCCCGGAUCCCAGAGUGAUCACGGUGUCUUCGGGGGGGAUGUUGGUGCAGAAGCUGAGGACGGGAAACCUUCAGUCGGAGAGAGGACGCUUCGACGGCACCAUGGUCUACGCCCAGCACAAAAGGCAGCAGGUGGUGAUGACGGAGCAGCUGGCAAAGACCCACACUAACAUCCACUUCUCCGUCAUGCAUCCGGGCUGGGUGGACACACCAGCAGUGGCCAAUGCGAUGCCAGAUUUCCACCGCUCCAUGAAGGAGAGUCUGCGGGCCCCUGAGCAGGGGGCCGACACCGUGGUGUGGCUCGCCGUCUCUGAGGCCGCGAUAAAGAACCCCAGCGGACGCUUCUACCAGGACCGGAGGAUGGUGCCCGCCCACCUCCCGCUGGCCUGGACUCAUAGCUCGGCCCUGGAGGAGCAGAAGUUAGUGUCCCUGCUGGAGGACAUGGCCAAAACCUUCCAGCCCCACUGAGGGAGGACAUCGCCCUUCCCCCCCACAAACUAACCCUGAUGAUGUAGGAAAUAAAUCUGUGUCCAUUGUAUCCAAAACAUGUGCAGACGUAACACUAACUGAGGCUAAAAUGGGAAAAAUAUGAAGAUGAACUGUGAAACUCUGCCUGACAACAGCCGACUAAACCACCUAGGAGUGAGAGAUUUAGUAAUAAUAUAAAGCUAUUUAUGUUAUUUAACUUAAUAAGGACUAAACAUGUGAUGGAAUAUGAGUGCUUGAGAGUGAUGAUGCUUUUAAGGAAAAAUAUAAUUUGACCGUUUUGGCCUAUUCUGCCUAGUAACAAGAGCAAACACCUUAAAAAAAAAUCUGCCACGCCUGCAAAAUGGUUUUCUGCUCUUAAUCUCAUCAAUUAAGCAGAUUAUAAUGAUAACAACAUUGGUGCUGCUACAUGUAAUGUGCCACAGGUCCAUUUGCAACACAUUUUCGUGAAAAAUAUCAGCUUUUUUUCAGGUUAAACUUACUUAAGACACCAACUACAGGUUAAAAGGUUUACAAGCAAUGCUUCAUUUUGCUCUAUUUAACAUCUGCUUUCAAAGUAGUGGAAAGAAAACAUCCAAAAUACACAUUUAAGAUUUGUAUUUUAUUAAUGUUGUCUAUUUAUUUGUGCAUUUCGCCUUCCCUUUACGAGUGCCAGAGUUAGCAUUAGCAUCAAGCAUGGAUCAGAUUUAGCAAAAAACCUACCACUAACAUGCCAAAAGAUAUAACUCACAUUUUUUUGCUAGGUUUCAUCCUUUGUGUACAUUUAUUGUCUGGAAAAUUAUGCAAAAUAGCCCAUAAUUACCAAGAUAAUGCCUCAUUUUCACAUUUAAACUUCAUACUUCAGAAAACUGGUAACACAAAAAAGAAUCGUCUUAAUGAACGUAAUCAGCCGGGGAGCUUUCAUAGUGUUAUGUCUUACCCUGUUCACCGCCUCCCUUUAUGCUUUAUAUCCUGCUGACACACACACACACACACACACACACACACACACACACACACACACACACACACACACACACACACACACACUACUGUGACUUUAAUAAAGUUGUCAAUCAGAUGGGAAUCUGAUGGGACCAGAGUCACUCUCACACUGCAUUAUUAAUCCAGCUCAUGAAAUGUGUAUUUAAUAUAUCUGUGUGUGUGCUAUAUUUCAGGUCCUGUGUGUGUGUGUGUGUGUGUGUGUAUGCUCUCUUAAUACACACACAGACGCUUACAUGUGCAAUAAAACCCUCUGUAUUUAUGUCUCAAUAAUAUCUGCACAGCAUCUUCACAAAGCUUUUACUGACCGAGUUCAUCCUGUGAAUGCCUGCGUGAAUAAAUCCAUUAAAUGACGGAUUCCGCCUCAUUGCA